AACAAAAUGCAAGCCUCAUCAUCGACAACAACAACAACCACAACAAAGACCAAAAAACUAAGCAGUGCAACGGGUUCCGGGGGCAACAUGGUCAGUUCUGUGGCCAUGACAAGUGCCACCAAAACCACAACGACCACAACAAGAAAACAGCCAUCCGCCUCAACAGCAGGAGCCAGUCCCAAAUCACCAAAAGCAGGAGCCACAGCAACAAAUAAACAAACGGCAACACCAAAAACAACAGCAACGAAUUCGCAUUCUGAUCCACAUGCCGAAAUCGCAGAACUAUCGAAAAAGAUCAAUGAACAUGCCGAUGCCAUAUAUCAUACAUGGAAAAGUCGUGGCCUGCCACCAGCGCAGCUCCUCGAGAUGUAUACAAAUGCAGCUGCCUCUGGUGAUUUCGCGGAUGUGGCCGGAACGGCAGCCGAUGCGGAGGGAUUGCAACAAAUGGUCACCAGUUUUGUGAACAAGGAUAAAGAGCAACGAGGCAAAAGUAAUAGCACGAGCACAACAAAUGGCAAAGUGAAAAAAGUUGCCAUUGUUGCAGCAAAUGAUCAGGCAUCCCUGCAAUCGCCCAAGAAAGUUGCUGCUGCUGUUGGGGCGAGUAAAACUCAACCGGAUGUCAAUCUGAAUUAUGAUAUUAAUUUGCAUUUGGAUGUUAAUAAUUUAAGUCACCAGCAGACGCAACAAUUGCUUAAGAUAAGUGAACUUAUACAGCAGCAAAAGGAUAAGGAGCAAAAGGAGAAGGAUAAGGAAAGAGAGACAACCAAAGCAACGACGGCGACGACGGCGGCAACGGCAACGGCAACAGGGACAACAACAACUGUUGCCAAAAAACGACAAAAUGUAAAGAAUAGCAGCAACAGCAACAAUAGCAAUUCUGUUAGUAAUAGCAAAAUAACAUUAAAGGAGAAUACAAAACAACAAAAGCCCGCAAAUGUUAGCAUAGAUGUUAGAGAUGCGGCAGCAUCACGAGUGGGAGUGGGAGUGGCAGUGGUGGAAGCCACCUCAGUGAGCGAUAAGCCCAGAGAGGUAACGGCCACGAAUCGCAGCAGCAACAGCAGCAAAAAAACCAAAGAACAUAACAACAACAGUAACCACAUCGAGAAGCCGGCAACUAAAGAGAAACCAGCAACAACAACAACAACAACAACAAACGCAGCACGCAGCAAUAGCAAAGCAACGGAGGUAGCGGCGCCACCGCCAAUAACAACAACAACAAAUCACACUGAUAACAACAUAAUCAACAGCAGCAACAUUGUUGCCAACGCAUCUGAAAUGGCCAACAACACGCCAGCAACACCGGCCAGCACAACGAUGCCAACAUUGAAUAAAGUCAAACCAACUAGUGGCACGCGGUCCCCACUCACCAAUGGCCAGGAUAAGAAUUUGGGCAGACCCAUUUUGACACGUGGUUCGGUUGCCGAACGUGUCUUAAUGUUUGAAAAGUGUCCCGAUGUUCGAAACGCCUUUCACAAUAUCAAACGUCCACAGGCCGAAGCUCCGCCCAAGAGUCUAUUAAAGGUUAAAUUGCAUGCUACGCCGCCACAGCCAGUGGAACAGAAUCUUCUGCAGAAGGAAAUACGCUCCACAAAAAGUGUCUAUAUACCCAGAUUCUAUUUUCCACAUGGCAAGCCACAGCCAACUAUUGCCAUGGAACGUGUUAUUCGUGGCAUAUUGUCGGCCUUUGAUAGUUUCCCGAAUAAUCAGGUGACCAAAGAUGAACUACCCAGAAUACUGAAACUAUGUGGAUUGCCUUUCUAUUGGCGCAUGCCUGUGAUGGUCUUCUGUCAGACAGGCAGUACGGGUCUAGUGGAACGCCAGCGUUUUGUUGAGUUUUGGAAACAAAUGAACGUGUAUUGCCAUGAGGCUGCCUCCAGAUUUGUAUACAUUUUAUCACGUGGUCAACGCUUUCGCUCCUAUAUUGUGCCUGAGGAUCUAGUGCCAAUGGUUCAAGAUGUGGUCGAUACACAUCCUGGACUGGCCUUUCUUAAGGAAGCCACCGAGUUUCAUUCCAGAUAUGUGCACACGGUUAUUGCGCGAAUUUUCUAUUCGGUUAAUCGCAGUUGGAGCGGCAAAAUAACCAUUGCAGAACUUAAGCGAUCUGAUUUGCUGGAGAUGAUUAGUCUGUUGGAGGAGGAAGAGGAUAUUAAUCAGAUAAUGGCCUUCUUUAGCUAUGAACAUUUCUAUGUGAUUUAUUGUAAAUUCUGGGAACUGGAUAAAGAUCACGAUUUGUUGAUAAAUCAGGAGGAUUUGGCCAGGCACAGUGAUCACGCUCUAUCUACACGCAUUGUGGAACGCAUCUUCUCAGGCUGUGUGACCCGGAGUGAUAACAAAAAAACUCCCGAAGAUGAGGCUAAAAUGUCCUAUACGGAUUUCGUUUGGUUUAUUCUAUCCGAAGAGGAUAAGCGAACUCCUACAGCUAUUGAGUAUUGGUUCCGUUGCAUGGAUGUCGAUGGGGAUGGUGCUUUAUCCAUGUACGAGCUGGAAUAUUUUUAUGAGGAGCAACAGCAGCGCAUGGAGGGCAUUGGAAUUGAAUGCCUACCGUUCGAGGAUUGUCUGUGUCAGAUGCUGGAUAUGAUUAAGCCGGCGAAUCGUGACUGCAUUACAUUGAGCGAUCUGAAACGUUGCAAAAUGACCCACGUCUUCUUUGAUACAUUUUUCAAUCUGGAGAAGUAUCUAGAUCAUGAGCAACGUGAUCCAUUUGCCUCCCAACGAGAUGAAUAUACCUCCGAUUGGGAUCGAUUUGCAGCUCAGGAAUAUGAGUUGCUUAUAUCUGAGGAGAACGAAUAAAUAUUUAUUUAUUUUUUAACUUACUACAAAUUUUUAUACAUAAACGA